CGGGCGGAUGAACGCCUCACUGCCGGAAAGUGCGGGAGCGUCGCUGUGUUUACCGUCACCGGGAGCGGGAGGACGACGCGGAAGAUGGCGGAUCCUUACCUGGAGGUGGAGGAGCCGAGUGACGAUGAGGAUGAAGAGGCAGUGAGCUCUGAAGAUGAGUUGGACAUCCUCCUUCAUGGCACCACUGAGCGCAAGCGCCGACUGCUGCGGGAGUACCUGACGGGGGAGAGCGAGGCCAGCGAGGAUGAAUUUGAGAAGGAUAUGGCCGCCGAGCUGGAUUCCACGUUCCGGGCAAUGGAGGGCACCUGGGCUCCCGCUGAUGGUGCUUCUUCCAGCACUGGAGCCGCUCAGGCUCGGGGGCAGCCUGAGCCAAGGUACUACGAUGACAUUUACUUUGAUUCAGACUCUGAGGAUGAAGAUGGACAGGAAGGUUCUGGUCCUGCUUCAAAGAAAAAAUGUAAGAAAAGGCGGGUUCUGACAAACGAUGAGCUGCUGUAUGACCCCGAGCAGGACGAGAAGGACCAGGCCUGGGUGGACAUGCAGAGACGCAGCUAUCGUGGCCUUAGCAGGAGACCGUCCAAAGAACAACCCACUGUGACCAGUGACGCUGUCCUGAACUGUCCAUCCUGCAUGACAACUCUGUGUCUGGACUGUCAGCGGCACGAGCUGUACCCUGGCCAGUACAGAGCUAUGUUUGUAAUGAACUGUAUCAUUAAUAGAGGAGAAGUUCUCAAAUACAAGGAAGCAGCCAACAAGAAGAGAAGAAACUGGCGGAAAAAGGCUAAAGGUCCGAUGGGAGAGGUGUCAGUGCCCCCACAGGGGAACGAGAAUGAGGAAGCCUACCAUCCUGUCAGAUGUGCGGAAUGCUCAGUAGAAGUGGCUGUCUUCGAUAAGGAUGAGGUGUAUCAUUUUUUUAACAUCCUAGCCAGCCACUGUUGAGCACCAUUUUCAACCCUUGUUCAAAGAAUGGACAAGAUGCUUUGAAUAUUUUACACAUUGAACUUUUCUUAAAUUUUCUUAAUGGAAAUCAGUACAAAAAAGUAGACAUUAUUAACAAGCUCACAUUUGGGUAUUCUCAGUUGAUAUUGGACUGAUUUGAAGUCACUUCAUCCCCCCUCCCACCCACGCACACCAUUAGUAUUUUUUUUAUCACCUGCAAUCCUAAUAUCAUAAUGGUAUCAAAUGGUUCCACAUUUCUGACAGUGAUAUGUGAAUGGAAUGGAUGUUUCAGUCUGAAUUCUGCUAAAAUGUAGUGUGGAGCCAGGUCUAGACCUCAAUAAACUCACCAAUUGGUUGAAUUCCCAUCAA